AUGUGGCUGCAACCCGCCUGCGCCGUCCUCUUCACCUUGGGCUACAGCCUGCGCCUCUAUGGCGCGUACAACUACCUCUAUACCGAGAACUUUACCCGCAACCUGAUUGUCUACAUCAUGAGCCAGGUCUUCAUCUACACACCACCCCCCCUCCUCGAGCUCUCCAACUACCACAUCCUCGGCCGCACCCUGCACUACAUCCCCUACCUCUCGCCCCUCCCCCCCACCCGCGUCCUCUCCACCUUCGGCGCCCUCCUCGCCCUCGUCGAAGCCCUCAACGGCCUCGGCGUCGCCCUCGCCGCGAACCCCAGUUCCUCCUCCUCCCAGCAACAUCUGGGCGGCACCCUCAUCAUCGCCGCCAUCGCUCUGCAGAUCGGCGCGUUGCUCGCCUUCUGCGUGCUCGCGGGUUGGUUUCAGCGGCGCUGCGUGCGGGCAGGCCUGUGGCGGGUGGAGCAGGCGAGACCGGUGCGCGUGGCGUUGGGUGCGCUGUAUGGGAGCACGGCGCUGUUGUUUGUGAGGGGCGUGUAUCGCCUCGUGGAGCAUUUGGGGGACACGGCGAAGGAUUUGGGGGAUGUGGAGAGCCUGAGGCGGUUGAGUCCGAUUCUGAGGUAUGAGUGGUUCUUGUAUGUGUUUGAGGCGACGGUCAUGUUGCUGAAUUCGGGGUUGUGGAAUGUGUGGAACCCGGGGAGGUACUUGCCGGUGGAUGUGCAUGUGUAUCUGGCGAGGGAUGGGAAUGUGGUUGUGGGGAGUAAGGGGAAGCAGGAUGAGAGGACGUGGUGGAUGAAGGGGGCGAGUGUGUUGACCUUUGGAGUCUUAUAUCGGCAUAAGGCUGGGCCGGUGGGCUGGGAAGAGUUGGGGGCUCUGAGAAGGGGUGAGGAGGACACUGAGUGUGGUUCUGGAGAUCAUCAACGGCUGGUUAGGUCGCCUAAUUAA